CUACUACUUAUAGAGAGAAGAGAAGCGAAGCUGGAAAACGAGGGAAACAUUCAAUAACCAUGGCGCCCUCGAACAAGAAAGGCAAAGGAAAGGCGGGUUCGGCAGAUUCCAAAGCGUCUACAGUACCAAAACCUUCCACCGCCGGCGACUUCCCUUCAUGUCUUCGGUCAGUGCCUCCGUCGUCGGUAGCCAUCACCAUCCACGCCAAGCCCGGCGCCAAAUCCGCCUCCAUCACAGAUGUCAGUGACGAGGCAGUAGGAGUUCAGAUCGAUGCCCCUGCAAAGGACGGCGAAGCUAACGCAGCUCUACUCGAUUACAUCAGCUCUGUGUUAGGCGUGAAGAGAAGACAGGUAUCCCUCGGUGCUGGGUCGAAAUCGAGAGACAAGGUCGUAAUAGUGGAGGAGUUAACCAUACAAGAUGUCUUCAGUGCUUUGAAGAAGAGUCAAGACUUGAAAUGAAAGUGGUUGUUUUCUCUUUACACAGCAAAGUCACAUUGAAUGAGGAAUAGUUAAGCUUAAUGUAUGGGCACAGCCAGCACUGUUGUUUAUACAUCUCCCACCAUUUGGUGGGACAAACUAGGAGAUGGAGGUUACCUGUUGCUUGAUGUUGAAGGCAGGUGGUUGUUGCCAUUUUGGCUGGAGAUUUGUAAAAGGUUGAAUGGAGAAAUGAACUUUUUAGCUUUUU